AUGUCGACUGAUGGCACUCAAAUGGCUGAGUCGGGCAAGCGCACGGCUCAAGAUCUUGUGAAAGAGAUAGCUAAAGAACGUGGUUAUCUUGGUGAAGAGCAGCUUGCGCGGAUCGGGGAGAUUAACCCUGAGCUUCGUCGUGAAGUGGAAGAAGCACUACUCAGGAAAGAUGAGAUGAUCGGUUCUGCUGUCCUCACACUUGCCAAGAAUCUUUACACAAGCAACGCCAGGUUUGUCUUUGAGUUGCUGCAGAAUGCCGAUGACAAUGAUUACAGCACCGCUGUGUCACAAGGUCAGGACCCGUAUGUCUCUUUCAAGGUGCACCCAGACAAAGUGACAAUCGAGUGCAAUGAGAAUGGUUUUACUCAUGAAAACUUGAAAGCGAUUUGCGCAAUUGGUAAAAGUUCAAAGGUCGGCGCGGCUGGCUACAUUGGUGAGAAAGGCAUCGGGUUUAAGUCAGUCUUCAUGGCAGCCUGGAAGGUCCAUAUCCAGUCAAAUGACUUUUCCUUCUCUUUCACGCAUCGCAAAGGAGACUCAGGUCUUGGAAUGGUUACGCCUGUGUGGGAGGAGACGAAAGAACCGAUAGUUGACUCAUCCACUCGCAUCACUUUACUACUUCAUACAAGUAAGGAUCCGGACGAGGAUGAACGACGUCGCGACACCAUCCGCCACCAGUUCCAAGAGUUGCAACACACAAUAUUACUGUUUCUACGGAAGCUACGCAAGGUUCAAGUGUCUUUCUACGACAAAGAGAAUGUUCAAACUGCAACCACUGUUUAUUCUCUUCAAGGAAGCAAUCCAGCGACCAUUCGAAAGGAGACAUCUGAUGGUGUAGAGGAGAGACAGUACCAUGUCACUAAGCACGUCGCUGAGAAUAUCCCUCGGAGCGAGAAUAGAACAUAUUCGGAUGAACGCGACCGUGCUGACUCUUCUGCUGAAGUCGUGCUGGCGUUUCCCUUGACAGAUACGGGAGCUCCAAUUAUUGAGAACCAAGAUGUUUUUGCGUUUCUCCCAAUGCGACCAAUGGGUUUCAAGUUCCUCAUACACACAGACUUUGUCACAGAAGCCAGUCGUCAAGGCAUAGUAGUCAGCUCCCUCCGAAACCGCGCUCUCUUGCAAGGCAUCGCAGACUGUCUUGUCAAAGCCAUCGAAGAGUUCUGUCGUCAUCCCACACUUCAAUACCAAUGGAUGCGCUGGUUACCCCAACGAGACAGUUAUCCUUGGGACAGUUUCUGGUCGAGUCUCCUAGACAGGAUCAAGGAAAGAAUACACCAAGUCAAGGUUCUCCGUACGCUUGGCUCUGGGCGUCUCGGUUCCAUGUUCCGGCUACGCAAUCUUUAUCCGUGGCUACGAGAUGAAAAGGGCGAUCCCUUGUUCAAGGAUAUCGAUGAAGAGAUCUAUCUUGCAAAAGAGUAUACCAAAGAUGACCUCGCACUGCUAGAGCCGUAUGGCUUACAAGGAGCUGCUGCAGAAGAAAUUAUCCUCCGCAUCGAGCACGAUCUUCAGAGGGAUCCUGAAGUGUCCAGUAUGAAACGCUCGAUGAUAAACGAGGAUGGGAAUUCACUCGCGGCACGAGCACUUCUGAUGUUAUACCGUUCCCUUGAGAAGUCCAAGGCACUUCCCGGUCCGAUUCGAGCACGGCUCGAGCAUCUGAGAUUUAUACCACUACAGAAUGGCGGAUGGGUCUCUGCGAGUUGCCGUCCACUUUAUUACUCUCAUUCUUCGAAGCUGGAAAUGCCUGACGGUCUCGGUCUAGCUCUUGUGGAUGCAAAAGCAGCAUCUAAUCCAGAUCGGCGUGCUUUACUUGACAAAUUUGGUGUUGUUGAGGCGCGGUUCAGAGACAUUCGGUUGAUGAUCAUACAGAAGUCAAUCGCUCCUGUUGCGAAUGAUACUUCUCUACACGCGUCCAUCUCCUGCCUCAAAUUCAUGUACCUUUCUGAAGCUCUACUCAAGGACGAAGAAGCUCCGGCACUACUAAAAGGUUUCGCGGUGUAUGAUCACCAACGGCAGGCGUGUCAACCAGUCAAACAGAAUGUCUACCUACCAAGUGAUGAUAAGUAUGGACCACGUCAACUACUUUCACCAUGCGGCGAUGCGCCUGGCUUUGACGUACCAUUUCUACAUGACGAAUAUCUCCUUUCCCCGCCUGCAACGCCACAGGGUCUUCGCUGGAGUUGGGAGGAAUGGCUCGAACUACGACUACGCCUGCGUCGCAAUGUCCGACUGGGAAUGAUGGACAAGCAGAAGAAAUUGACAGUUUCUUCUUUGUUCCGCUAUAUUGAACAGCAUCGACCUGACCGCCUCCUGGGUGCCCUACAACGCGCAUGGAGUAUUGAGAACAUCAAUGUCGCAGCUUCUGGUCAAUUGAUCAAAGCGCUGCGUAGUAUGAAGGUUCCUUGUAAAAGCCGAGACAAGCGUCUUCUAUUGCAGCCUUUGUUGGCAACAUUUAUGCCUUUACCAGAACUCGAAGGUAAACAUUCUCACUAUGCUGAAGAUGAGAACUUCCUGUUCCUAGACCUGGGUGAACCCAUAGCAUCCGAUACCUACAGGAUUAAAUGGGGUUUCCUGGUAGACCAUCUUGGCGUUGGCCAUGCUGACAGCCUUAAUUUUCACCUUUUUAUCCUCUGGUCGAUUCGCUACAGUAAUGCUACAGCUGUAGCCCGUCGUCAAUCGAGGAUCUUGGAUCUCUACGAGGUUAUUCAUACCCGAUGUCGAGAGUCAGACAGAUUCCUUAACGCUCAGACCAAUGCAAGAACCUUUAUCAAUAGGCAUGAUCUUGUAUAUAUCCCCGCCUACGAAACGAAACCGGCAGCAUGGGUGACGCCUGACAAGUGUCUUUGGGACGCGCGCAAAGAGAUGCAGACAGCAUACCCUCUUUCACAUCUGUACCGAACGACCUUUCAUCGAUCUGAAGAAGAGCUCGACAUUCUGAAACAGUUUUUCAAGAUAACUUUAGGUGUUAAGGAUUGUUCAUGGGAGAAUUACCUUGAUGAACUGCGGAGUUUGAGAACUCUGGCAACUGAGGACUUUAACUGGGUGAACGACAUAUACAACUCCCUCAAAGCAGAGAGGCCGAGCUUGACUGACACCGAUACUACAAAGAUCAGGAAAGCAUUUGCUGAAGAAAAGUUGAUCUACUCCAAUGUUGGCAAUGUUAGUCACUGGUAUACCGUCAGCGAGUGUCUAUGGUCCAGCGCAACCCAGAUUCGAGGCAAAGUAGCUCUCAACGAUCUCUAUCCGGACUUGGAGGAUUUCUUCGUCAAUUUCCUUGGCGUACAAGAGCUCACACUCAGUAUGGCAUAUGACGAGCUCAAGGAGAUGGGUAAUAGGAUUCCAAGUCCUCCAAUCGCUGCAGUCAAGGACACAAUUUGGGCACUCAAUUCUUUGUUAGUGACGGCGGACCGCCAGCCAGACGAAAGACCUGUCUUGAAAGGAACAGUUUUCCCUGUCAAGUACCCUAAUGGGUCAUUCAAGCUGCAGUCGUGUCGUACGGAGUUCGCCAUUGUCGACCGAAAGGCUCUGGGGGACAUCUUUGGGACGCGAGCCAAGACCUUGGACUUUACUCUAGAUGAAGUUCGUCGGCUACAGCCGUUUCUCUCAUGGCUCAACAUGGGAUCUAGAUAUCUAUCCACUUCGGUUCGGGAGAUCUCGACCGUGGCGAGUGAGCACAUGAACAGACUACAGUCUCCUGAUAGAGAGAUCAAGCAGAAGGCCGACGGUCUUUACAGGAUUGCCGUUCACUACAACAGUCCUCGGACACAAGAUGACAGUUCGAAGCUUCAUUGGAUUCUCGCCAAUGCGGAGGUCUACGAGACAGACGGCAUCUCCUCUGAGCUUCAUCUAUCCCAAGACGGGCAAGCGAUAGUUCAUAUCCAGGAACAAAGCGAUCUACACAUCCGUGAAGAUAAUGACACUCUCAAAAUUUACGUCCCACGGGAGCCCAAGGCGCAAGGGUUUUGUUAUUAUGCAGCGCUUCCUCGACGAUUACUCGAAUGGAUCAUGACCGAUCCGUCCACUCUUCAAGUCAAUCGCGCUGGUUCUGAGGCAUUGCAGAUGGUCGCAGCGGUCUUGAAUGCUCCUCUUGUCAUCAUGGCGCAGAUUCUGGAGGCAGAGGGGAUUAUUGAUGUAUCCAUCCCAACUGGCAGUUUCAAGCGAGAUAAAGACAAUGAGGAACAUAGAGAUACUGAUGAGUCUAAUACCUGUCAGGAAAUAGAGUUACGCCAGGACGAUGUCUCGAGCGAAGGAGUGGACGACACUACGUUGGCGUCGCUUGUAGAACCAGAAGACACUGAAGACGAAGUUGCUAGUCAAGAAGACUCUACCACUCAUCAAUCUGCUGGCGCCAUGUCUCCACCAAGGCUUUCGGAUCUUCCUAUACGACAAAAGAGUCCAGCCAUGUCAAGUUCGUCUGCGACUGGACAACCAGUUCUCACACCGGCUUCAUCAACGGCUGGCUAUUCCAGUGGGAACAAACGAAGACCAGUACAUCGCACACGAACAUCAAGCGCCAAUACCCAGCACGGCGAUGCGCUUGGCGAUGACCAAAGGACGCCCGGUACAGCCAGUAAUCCCGCGUUUGUGUUCGGGUCCUCACCCGCAAUGCAAUCAAGCUCUGCAUUCCAAUUCAAUGGCCCAGAUGGAGCUACACUAUCCUCUACCAUCGAAGACGAAGAAGUUUAUAUGGGAAUGAUCGACAAUGUCAUUGCUUCAGCCCGUAAAGCGACAAUCCCUCGUCGUGAUUAUUUCGGUGAGCGUGGACUGUUCAGCGCGCUACCAGAAGUUGAUGACGAGGUCCAAAUGUCACAACGUUUCCGCUCGUAUGGGCCUAAAGAACGGGACAUGCGUAUUGGGGCUCUGGGCGAACUAUACGUCUUUGAACUUCUUCGGGGUCUUAAUCCGGCUCUCUCACAUUUCGGCAGAGACAAUUGGCAGAGCCGGAUGAGAAAGUUCAUCAACGUGCAUCCGACUUACUCCGAUAUGCCACCAUGGAAUGGUCAAGAGACAGCCGAUAUCGUAUACUUUGAUCGUGGGCGAGAGUUGACAAGGCAUUUGGUGGAAAAACGACAACUCCGUCCUGAGUGGUUAGGCCUGAAACCUUGGUACUUAAUUGAGGUCAAGUCCACGACCGGGGACAGUCGCACUCCGUUCUACCUGAGCAAGAGACAGUACGAAAAGAUGGGACAGUACACGGACACGUCGGCAUGGUGUACAGUAUCUACAGCGACCGCGACCGUACCCAUUCCCAUUUACCUGAUCGCCCGGGUCUCGAAUGUCGGCAAGACAAACAUACAUUUGGAUCUUUACAUCUAUCCAGCAACACUGCGAGUGAGUAAUUCAUUGGUCUUUACGCCUGAAUCAUGGUCAGUUGUUCCUGGGCCAAACGCUCCUGGGAUGACCUAG